UGACUCAGCAAGUGUCAUUAAUAACUUGGAGGAGGCAGAUAAAGUGCUAAACACCGUGUGCUCGCGGGGCACACGUCAUUACCCUGAGCGAACCGACGAGAGAGAUAUUCGAUAGAAGAGAUUCGCUGAUAUAUAUAUAUACAUCCCACGACCUUGUCAACGGCGGGAGUUUGUUUCGCGCGAUUGUGUGUACGGGAAGAGUGUCGAGCUGCAUCGCGCUUAGAAAUCCAGAGAGAUAGAUACGUCCGCGCUUUAAUAUCUGAGCGGACGAGAGAUAAUCUCGAAUCCUCGCGCACGUGACGGUGUCUCGAGCAAGUACGACAUACUGACUGUGACUGAAAAUCUCCUCUUUUCGUCCUCCUUUUCGAAAUAGAUUAAUUGUCCAUCACUUCGCGUCUAACAAUCGCUCGUUUUGAGGAUAAUCAUCUCAAAGUGUUCGAAGAGACACAAGAGUAAUUAUACUUGUCCAGAGAGAAAAGUAUACAAGAUAUACUACGAGGUACUGUAUAAUUUACGUACUGUAUAAUUUACAUACGCGUGUAAUAUAAAAAAUGAUAGUUCCGACGGGGGUAUAUAUUUUUUAUUCCUUUAAUAAUAACAUCGCGACAAUCACGUUUUUUUAUCGGAGCGGUCUAAAACUCGUCAAGACCAAGAUAUGUUUAAUCGAAAUGUAAACGGAGACACAUUGUGGCUCGCGGCAACUUCGCGCGAUCGCCAAGUGUCACGACAAUCCGUAAUGUACGCAUUAGUUGUGCUUUGACAUUCUCGUAGGUUAAUAAUUAAUUAACACAGAGCGAGAUAAAAUCGCGCGGCACGGGAAAAUUGAAAUUAUCGCGCGCGCCAAUCGGUAAGGACGAAUGAAUUUUUCAUGUUGUGUCGCGCGCGUACUUGGUACUCCGUUGCAUUGUGUGCGCGCGCGUACACUCGGUGUCGCCGAUGAUAACUCACGGACACGGCAGUUAACAACGCGCUAACGUACCUGAGAGUAGAGCUAGUUUUUCUUUUCGCUUCUUUUUUCAUUUUUCAUCUUUUGCUUCUCUCGCUUUUCUCGCGAACGACCGGGAUUAAUCGUUCAUUCGGACGCGAUUGUGACUCGCCGCGUCGCCUAACGUCAAAAAAAAUUCGGCCGUCACAAUCGAUCGAACAUCGCAAGAACAUGAAGAAGGUCAGGCUAAAACUUCGCGACAAAGUGUCGUACGAAAACGUGAAGUGCUGGAGCAUUCUGAAGAAACAGGCAGCCGAAUUUUGUCGCGAGACAGGAUUGCACGGCUACAAGUACAUCAGUCAAACUCAACGUUCGAAAGCGGAGCGGAUUAUUUGGGCGAUAGUGGUAUUCGCCUCGUUGUGCUGUUCCAUCAUCUUGAUGAUAAUGUCGUGGAAUUAUUACGCCGCCCAUCCCACUCUGACGGUCAUCGAGUCCACGCAUCAUGGAAUAUGGAAUUAUCCGUUUCCUGCGAUAACGGUCUGCAAUAUUAAUCGCGUGUCGUAUAAUUUGACUACACAGUUUGUCGAAAAUCUAAAAAUACCGGACAAUGUCUCGAAAGAAUACUUAAUUCAAGAGAUGCGGCUGUUGACCGAAUUGAUAGUGCCGGGAAUAUUCGGACACGACGUUCGAACGAAUCUCAGUAAUCUGCAGAAUAUUUUUGACAGCAACAACUUGAGCAUUCUCGAUGUGAUAAGUUUGAUAACGCAAAAUUGCAGUACCUUGUUGCAAUCGUGCAAGUGGAAGGGCAAACUCGAUCAAUGCGACAAGUACUUCAAACAAGUCUUAUCGCGGGACGGUCUGUGCUGUAGUUUCAAUUACUAUUCCCUCCCAGGCACGACGAUAGCAAACGAUCGGAUAAGUACUUCUGCUUGCGGAUUCGAGUCCGGUAUGACAGUAAUAGUGAAUCCGGAACCUAACGAUUAUCACGCCGCGAUUGUUGGAGGAUACGGAGUUAAGGUGUUGAUACAUUAUUCGUUCGAUUAUCCUAAUUUCAACGCCGCGCUUCAAUUGGUGCGACUGAACAGUCAGCAUUUUGUGAGCGUCAAUCCCAUCCAAAUGUACUCGAAUUCCAACGUGAGAAAUCUAGCGUUAUCCACGCGACGGUGCAUAUUCAGCGACGAGGCCGACGCGGUGCUGUACGCGAAUGUCAAACAGAAGAAUUUGACUUACGCGGAAUAUUCAUAUCACAACUGUCUCGCGGAGUGUCGCGCCACUAUCGCAAAAGCGAAAUGCGGCUGCAUCCCUUAUUACUUUCCGCAAAACGGUACCAAGGUGUGCGAUCUCAAAGACGUCUACUGCUUAAAGUCAUUUAAGUCACUUUUUGAUACUUCCUGGCCUUUGUUAGAAAAGAAUGAUAAUUUACCGAGGAACAUAGAAAAAAUCGACGGUGGACCUUGCGGAUGUAUACCGGAUUGCUCGCUGUUUCAAUAUCCCAUAGAAAGUUCUUUCGGAUCUCUCGAUUCAUCUAUCUAUUAUAACGAUGGCAGCUUCACGCAAAAUCCUCGUAACGCCAUCAGUAUAAAAAAUCACAGCAUAAUACAUGUGUACUUCAAUGACUUGGUCGCUUUUCAAUAUCGACGGAUACUCAAUUACAGUUGGCGCAAUUUAUUCGCGUCGUUUGGUGGUUUACUAGGACUGUUUGUUGGUUUCAGUCUCAUGACUGUUUUUGAAUUCUUGUAUUUUUUUGUGAUACGUGUGAUAGUUGACGCACGUGUCAAACGCAGCAAUAUACAAUAAUAUAUGUAAAUAUAUAAUAUAUAUUUAAAUCUUAUGAUUAAGACGUAUACAAUUAACUUGAAAUAUAUUUCCAGUAAAAAUUCUCUCGUAAAAAAAUAAAAUGUAAUAUAUAUGUAAUAUAUA